AUGCCGACGCUGAAGCGGAACGUGGUUGAGAUAUGGAGUACCAUCAAUGAGAGACUAUCUCCGCCGGAUUUGGAGACGAUCACCUCCUUGCUGAAAGACUUUACGAACCACAGAAUCGAGAAGAAGCAACUCAUUACCUCUGCUCUGCUCCUAUUCAAGAACGACGAGAUUCUCCAUCGACGCUUCACGGAAUUUCUCCACGGGAUUAGGUCUCAAGAGGAUGAAGACAGAGAGUCGUCCCGAAACGAUGAAGUUUCCGAUAUUGAAGAAGGCGAGAUUCGAGAAGACGAGGAGGCGAAUCAUCUUGAGAUUGGGGUUGAGUUGGAUCAGAACCCGAGAGAAGAUCCUCUUCAUGGCGAUCAAAAGAUUCAAGAGAUCGAUUUGGCGGGAAAGAAGAGGAAGAGAGGAAUCUUGCAAGGGGUUCUUGUAGAGGACGACGACUCGAAGAACAAGGCUGAGAAGGAAACUACGGAGUUAGAGCGAGUGACACCAAGCUACAGGCGUAUCCUCAAGGAAGAACAGUCUCCGGUCUCAGACGAGGUGCUGAACAACGAGUUCGUAUCAGUGGGUCUGAAGAAAGAAGGCCAUGUGUGGGGCGGGAAGAAACUAACCGAGUACGAGAAAGUAAUGGCGAGAUGCGAGAACGAUAUGUUCGAGACAGAUAUGCUGAUGAGUGCUCUAAAGAAUGCAGUGGAGAUUGCAGAGAAAGUCAUGAGGGAAGAGAUGAGACUGGAAGAUGUUGGAGUAAAGUUCUACAGAUGCAUCGACCACUUAUAUGGUGGCAGAGAUAUGGCUGACAUUGUGAAAGAUGACCACAAGAAGGCUUUACCUGUGAUCAUGGGUCGUUUGAAGCAGAAGAUCGAUGAGCUCAAGCUUGCUAUUGAAAGAUGGACCCCUAUCUGGAAGAAAGUCUGGAAAGAGAACUCUGCAAGGGAAAGAGAUGGUUCUACUGCAGAAAGCCGCAGGGAAAAGUGA